AAAACUUUGACAGAUGAAACGGCGUUCUAUUAAAAAAACAGUAAACAAAUGCCGAUCCACGAAAAGCAAGAAUCUAUGGGGAUUUUUUCAACAAAAAAUACUUAAAAUCUGAAUAAAAAUGACACCACAGCCACAGCCAGAGUUUGUUGAGCAAGUGCAGGCUCAUAUGAUAAUCAUCAUUCAUCCGGGCUCGUUGAAUCUACGCAUUGGACGCGCUUCUGAUAUAAAUCCACAUCGCAUUUUAAAUGCGAUUGCACGGCGUCGAAAACCGUUGGGCAAAACUUAUCGGGAUACGGUCUUACCGGGAACAGUGAUAAAAAGCAAAGAAUUAGUGCAGGAGCUUGAGGAUUGUCGUCUACAGAUUUCACAUACAUUACAAUCAUGUUUACAAUCAGAUGGUCGUCGACGGUAUGCAACACCUCCACAACAAAUAUCCGCGUUCAAUCGUCGAUCGACACCAGAAAUCUUGGAUAACGCAGUAAAAUCAUAUUACAAUCCAACCGACUUAAAUGUGGUGAUUGGUGACGAUGUGCUUCAAUUGAACCCCAAUGCAGAUUUUAAUUUACAUUUUCCAAUAAGGCGAGGCGAUUUCAAUUUGCAUGGCGGCGUGGGUGGUUCAAUUACGGCAGUGGUGGCCGAUUUACAAGAGAUUUGGGAACAUGUUUUGAAAACACAGCUGAAAAUUCCACUGAGUGAUUUACAUUUGUAUAAGGCCGUCUUAAUAGUACCAGACAUUUAUAACCGUGGCCAUUUGAGAGAACUCAUGAAUUUACUGCUUUUAAAAAUGGGCUUUGGCAGCUGCUUUUUAGUUCAAGAUCAUGUGGCAGCAACAUUUGGUGCUGGCCUGGGAUAUGCAUGUGUGGUUGAUGUUGGUGAUCAGAAAACAUCGGUUUCAUGUGUCGAAGAUGGCAUUUCACAUCCAAGCACUAGAGUGCGUUUGGAAUACGGAGGUUCGGAUGUAACUCAAGCCUUUCAGUGGCUCCUAAAGAAGUGUGCAUUCCCAUACAAAGAAUACGAUGAACGAAAUCCACUCGACGCAAUGCUGCUAAAGCAAUUAAAAGAAAAUUUCUGUCAUGUUAAUCUGGAUAUUUGCGGUCCAACCGAAAAAGAGUUCAUAGUCGAUCAUAAUAAUAAGAUAACAUCAAAGUAUACACUUCAAGUGGGCGAUGAGUGUGUCGUGGCACCGCUCAGUUUAUUUCACACCGAAUUGCUCAAUAUUACCGGGCCAAAAAUGGCCAAAGUACAAAAGCCAGCGCGGCAACAACCAGAUUCCGAAGAUUGUUUCGAUGCGGAAUAUCUGCGGGAAACAGGACGUAAGGGAGCAAGAGAGCAAUUGGAUCAAAAUACAUCUGAUAUGAGCGGUUUAAUGAAUACAGACAAUGCCGAUGAAGACAUUGUAGUUGAUUCACUUGAGGUUGAACAACGUGACUCAAAAUUAGAUAAAGAAUUUGUACUUCCGGGUGGUCAGAUCAUCGGAUUGGACCAAGCUGUUCUACAGAGCAUUGAACGAUGUCCCAAUGACGAAUUGAGGCGAAAAAUGUAUGGAUGCAUUUUGGUCGUUGGAGGUGGCAUGAAAUUUGUUGGAAUCGGAAAAUGGCUUCAGAAUCGUGUUGGACUACAAAUACCAUAUUUGUAUCGAUCCGAACAUCUUGAUAUUGUCACCAGCCCCAAAGAUAUGGAUCCAGCUAUAACUGCAUGGAAGGGUGGUGCAGUUAUGUCAUGUUUAGAAAGCGCAAUGGAAUUAUGGAUCACUGGCAGCGAAUGGUCUAAAGGCGGUGUACGCAUUUUAAGAGAAAAAGCGCCAUUUAUGUGGUAGCAUUGAGUUUAUCUAGUUUUAUUUUGACUACAUUUCUAUUAAGAAUGUAUCUAAUGAAAUAAAAUCUUUUGUUUUGCAAAAUAUUGCCAUAUUACAACUUGAUAAUAUCCAAAAAGUAUUGUUUUUUCUAUACGAUUUGACAAUCAAAUGUGCAAAAUAAA